UGCGGAAGUAGAGAACUCGAACACACUGCGGUGAAUAUUUCACUGAGAGAGGACGUUAAAGCUUCUAUAACGCUGCAUUUAUUUAUUUAUUUUUAAUUUGCAGUGUAGUUAGUGUAUCUGGAAAAUGUAGUUGCCAGCAGGGAAAUUUAUAAUAGCUCCAAACCGGAUUUUCAGUGUUUAAAGAGAGUAAAGUUUCGCAGUAACGUCGCGACUGUGAUGGCUAAUAAUAAUUUACAGAAAGCCAUUGACUUGGCCACCAAAGCUUCAGAGGAGGACAAGGCCAAAAACUACAAGGAGGCUUUGCGUCUCUAUGAGCAGUCUAUUCAAUACUUUCUACAUGUGGUGAAGUAUGAGGCUCAGGGUGAAAAAGCGAAGCAAAGCAUCAGGGCGAAAUGUGCAGACUAUCUGGACAGAGCUGAGCAGUUGAAGGCAUAUCUGAAAAAGGCAGAAAAGCAGCCACCUGCCAAGCCUGUCAAAGUGAACAGUGACAAAGGGAAUGACAGUGAUGACGGUGAUAAUUCAGAGAAGAAGAAAUUGCAGAAUCAACUUCAAGGUGCCAUUGUUAUGGAGAAGCCAAACAUUAAGUGGACUGAUGUUGCUGGCUUAGAAGCAGCCAAAGAGGCGCUGAAAGAAGCAGUCAUUCUACCCAUUAAAUUUCCCCACCUUUUCACAGGAAAGAGAACUCCAUGGAGAGGGAUCUUGCUUUUUGGCCCUCCAGGUACAGGGAAAUCCUACCUGGCUAAAGCAGUGGCCACUGAGGCCAACAACUCAACCUUCUUCUCCAUCUCCUCUUCUGAUCUGGUGUCCAAAUGGCUGGGAGAGAGUGAGAAACUGGUAAAGAACCUUUUUAGCUUGGCUAGGGAAAACAAACCUUCUAUCAUCUUCAUUGAUGAGAUCGACUCUCUGUGUGGCUCAAGGAGUGAUAACGAGAGUGAAGCAGCUCGCCGAAUAAAGACAGAGUUCCUGGUUCAGAUGCAAGGUGUUGGAAAUAAUAAUGAGGGAAUUCUGGUGCUUGGAGCAACCAAUAUACCUUGGACUUUAGAUUCUGCCAUCAGAAGAAGGUUUGAGAAGCGUAUUUACAUCCCACUUCCUGAGCAACAUGCACGAUCAUUCAUGUUCAAGCUCAACCUCGGUACAACCCCCAACAGCCUCACUGAUGAUGACUUCAUCACGCUGGGACAGAAGACUGCACACUAUUCAGGUGCCGACAUCAGCAUCAUCGUCAGGGACGCUCUCAUGCAGCCCAUUCGUAAAGUACAAUCGGCCACUCACUUCAAAAAGGUCCGUGGAAAAACUUGGAAGAACCAGGAUGAAAUAGUGGAUGACCUAUUGACCCCUUGCUCUCCAAGUGACCCAAAUGCAAUAAAGAUGACAUGGGUAGAUGUGGAAGCUGAUAAACUGCUGGAGCCCAUCGUCAGCAUGGAGGACAUGCUCAGGUCACUGGAAAAAACCAAGCCCACUGUGAAUGACGAAGACCUAAAGAAGUUAGUGAAGUUUACUGAGGACUUUGGCCAAGAAGGCUAGCUACACAGCAAAAACUUUUAAAAAUGAUUUUUACAUUCCAUUUUAUCUUUCUACUCAGAGUUUAUUAUAAAUACUUUUGUAAUAAUGGCCACUCUUUGUGGAAUAUAAGCUACAUAAUGUAGCCUGUUGAACUGUCUGCCUACCUGAUAUGGUGUUAAGAGGGAACUAAGUUCACUUAUUUAUUGUAUGUGGAGGUUACUGGUGGGAAAAUUAAGCUGUUAUUUUUUUUUCUCUCUCUCAGCACUAACUGCAUCUACUGUACAUGUACAGGACAUGCACUUGGUUGCCAGUUUAUUAAGUACACCUACUUUACGUUAACUCAUCAGACAUUUUAUCAGGUACACUGACCAAAUGGGUCUCUUUGUCAUAGAGGUGCACAUUGGGACUGGGAUCCUGUGGACCAAAUAGAAAUGCCAGAGGAGCAGGAAAUUUUUUCAGUUUUGUGAAAUUUCUUCUUUGUCUGAAAAACCACUUCAUGCCAGCAUAACUUUUUUUUUUUUUUGCAACAUGAUUUAAAAAAAAAUCACUUGUUUACAUUACUUGUUUUUUAGUUUGUGACCUUUUGGUCCCAAAGCUGCCUCUUGAACCUUUAGGCCAUGGCUUCCUACUGUAGACUGUUCUGUGUGAAGAGCUGCACAGGGCAGCAGUAAGAGAGGCAAUAGUCCAAAUUUGGACAAAACGGAUCACCAUAUUUUGCCAUUCAAUAGAUAAAUAUGUGAACAGUGGCUAUAAAAACUACAGUUAUGUUACAUGGCAGUUUACUUUUUGCUCGCUUUUGUUGGUGCUGGCCCCCCGAGUAUUUUAGGGCAAGAUGCACAUACUACGGUGGCCAUUUACGUUGAUGGAUGGGGUAGAGGAAGCUGGCAAAUGGUAGGUUUUUAAUUACUGUCUGUAGCCCAUCUGUUGCUGUGCACAGAGUGACCUGUAUUUCAUAUGUUUUAAAUUUAAAUGUUCACUGUGUGUAGCUCCAUGGAAGGUGUUCUUAAUAAUUUGACAACCAAGUGUGUGUUCAUAUGUUCGUCCUGGUAUCUUAUGUUAAUUAUUGCAGCUUUCAAAAUGCUUUUUAAAUUAUUGUGACUUAAUGGAUGUUGCUGACAUGUAUGUUUAAUUGUGUGCAAUACCAACAUAGUGUAUGGGCUCAUGGAUGCUCAUAGACCCAUAUGGUGUUUGGGUUGGGUUUUUUUGGGGGGUCUGUGCAGUCGUUCCACACAAGCAUUGCAUGCUAAAAAUUUUCAGCACUGCUUUACACCUUGUGUCUGAAUCACUUUAUGCCUCUCGGUUACAUUUAUACUCCUGUGCCUGACUGAUGCAUCUAUCAGACUUUUUUUUUUUUUUUUUUAAAUCCUGAGUCUGUAAAGACCCAUUCCCUCUUACCACCAGUAACUCAACUAACUCCAUUAACCACUAUUUGUACUUAAAAGGAUAAUUGCAUAUAAUCGCCUGCCAGUAUACAACUCUUUUUCAGUUCAUUGCACUGUAACAGCUGAUUUGCAAUACAGUACCUCCUAUAAUCGACUGCACAUUCAUACAUAUUGCAGUUUAUAAUGUAUAUUCAGCUCAACAAGCACAUCCAAAUCAGCUCUAUUUAGUUUCUUAUUCUGUACAUAUUGAAAAUAGGCUUUAUUGUACGUAUACCUAUUUGCAUAAUAUUUCCUGUGCAUAAUAGAAAAUUAAAAAAAAAUAUAUAUGUAGUAAUUAUUAACACAAUCAAUAAAUAUCUACACAAUGUUAUGUCCUAUCCAAAGUACACUUCUCAUAACUCACUGUAGUAAAAUACAGAAUCAAGUACUAUAAUGGACUCAUAAUGGAUAAUGGUGAAAUAUGUAAUAAAUUUAGUUACCAUGGUAACCAUAUUCAA